AUGGAGGAGCUGUACAAGGACGCCCCAAACCUGCCCAUGGAUGUCACCAGCUCACCCUCAGCAAUGGCCAACAACAAGCUGGAAAACGGGGUAGCCCAGCUGAUCACGGCAGAGGCCUGGAACAUCAACUCGGCUGACCUGAUGAAGAAGGCCCUGUCCCCGCUGGUGACCGUCCCUGCACCCUCCAUCCUGACGCCACCGGCCGAGUCUCAGAGCGGGGUGGCCCUGAAGGUGGCAGCCACCGUGCUGCAGCCCAUCUUCGCCGGCGGGGGGGCGGCGCUGCGGCGCCAGCCGCAGAAGUGGCUGGUGGAGCAGGCGGGCAGGGCAGGCUGCGAGCCCAAGGGCAGCAACAACAUCGAGAUCGUCAGCACCUCGCAGACAGCCAAAGUCAUCGUCUCUGUCAAGGACGCCGUGCCCACCAUCUUCUGCGGCAAGAUCAAGGGCCUGUCGGGGGUCUCCACCAAAAACUUUUCCUUCAAAAGGGACCUGCCCCAGGACUCGGUGCUGCAGUGCUACGACGUGAAGAGCCCGCCCGAGCCCCGGGACGCCGCCGAGGCCCUCAGGAAACCCGUCAAAAACAGGAGCGUUAAGCUAAAGAAAAUGAACUCGCCGGAGAUACACAUUCUUCCAAUCAAGAAGCAACGGCUCGCUGCCUUUUUUCCAAGAAAGUAAAUUAUGGGUUUUUAGAAUUUUAAGAUUAUUAUGAGAAGAAGAAAAAGGAAAAAAAAAAAAAUAAUAAAAAGAUGCACUUGGUUUUAAACUCAUUUAAAACUUUAAACUAUCUUUGUAAGUUAUUUUUUGGGGGAAGAGGGAGAGGAUCAGAUGUAGAGUCCCUAUAAGCUGGGUUGUUGGUUUUUUUUUUGUUUUUUUUUUGUUAAUAAAUUUUGACUUUUCAUGGGAAACUGAAUAAAAAGCAACCUAUUUUUCAAGCAGAUUGCACAUUUUGCAGCUUUAAUGGAGUAAUGGAUGAGUCAGAGGGGUAAGAGCUAUUUUCACUGCCAUAAAGUGCUUUGAUGAUGUAAUUCUUCAUAACAGUCAGAGUGGAAAUUUCAAAAUAAAUGUUUGUAUGUGCUAA